UACAGAUUUGGAAUUAGGCAUAGGUAGCUUCUAUUCCUCUUCCUCAGGAAUAACUUAUUUUACCUUUUGAGUUUUGACCCAUGAACUUUCAGUAGAAAAACUGCAACCAUGUAAGCUGACCAACCUUAUCAAGGGAAAAUUUUAUAUUCUAAGUUUCUAGGUUGGCUGCUGGUGUUCACAUUUCUGUGUGAUUUUGCAGUUUAUCAGCAACAAACAACACAAUCUCAUCUAAACAAAGGAGAUGGAACACCAGUUGCUCUUGCUUGCACUUUUCUUCUUCUUGUUUCACCAUUCUUACUCUCAACUCUAUGAUCAAGAGCAUGCAAUCCUCCUAAGACUGAAGCAGCAAUGGCAAGAUCCGCCAUCCCUCGGUGACUGGAACCAAUCAAGCUCCUCUCACUGCACCUGGCCAGAAAUCGCCUGCACCGAUAACUCCGUCAGUGGUCUCUUUCUUGUUAACACGAAUAUCACAGAGACAAUUCCACCCUUCAUUUGUGACCUCAAGAACCUCACAGUCAUUGAUUUGCACCUCAAUUACAUCCCAGGAACAUUUCCAAAAGUUCUAUACAAUUGUUCCAAGCUUCAGUAUUUGGACCUUUCUCAGAACUACUUUGUUGGUGCAGUACCCCAUGAUAUUGAUAAUCUGGCUCGGCUUCAAUUCCUCAGUCUCGGCGCUAAUAACUUCUCUGGUGACAUUCCAGCUGCCAUUGGUCUGCUAACAGAGUUAACCAACCUUCAGCUUUAUAAGAACCAAUUCAACGGCUCUUUCCCGCCAGAAAUAGGCAACUUGUCUAAUCUUGAAGUACUGAAUAUGGCCACUAAUGGAUUUGUGCCGUCUAGAUUUCCAUCACAGUUUAUUCAGUUGAAGAAACUGAAGAUCUUGUGGUUGUACGAGUCAAAUCUGAUUGGCGAAAUCCCAGAUAUGAUCGGAGAAAUGGUGGCGCUCGAGUCCUUCGACUUGUCAGGGAACAAUCUGACUGGGAACCUUCCCACUGGCUUGUUUAUGUUGAAGAAUUUAAGCAUACUGUACCUCUACAAAAACCAGUUGAGUGGGGAGAUUCCUCAGGUUGUUGAAGCUUUGAACAUGUCUGUGAUUGAUCUUUCACAGAAUAAUUUGAGCGGGAUGAUACCAGCGGAUUUUGGGAAGCUUGAGAAACUAUCUGAACUGAGUUUGUUUUCUAAUCAAUUAUCUGGUGAAAUCCCAGAAAGCAUUUGGAAAAUUCCCAGUCUCAGAAUCUUGAGAUUGUUUACCAACAAAUUAUCAGGAGCACUGCCCACGUAUCUCGGCCAAUACUCGAUGCUGGAGGAAUUCCAGGUUGCUGGCAAUAACCUGACAGGAAAAUUGCCCGACAAGUUGUGCCAUAAUCGUAAGUUGGUAGGGGUGGUAGCUUUUGAUAACAAUUUCAGUGGAGAGUUGCCUGAAUCGGUGGGAAACUGCAGCAGCUUAGAAAUUGUCAUGAUUUUCAAUAACAACUUUUCAGGGAACAUUCCUAGUGGUCUGUGGACAUUAUUCAAUCUCUCAAGUUUGAUGAUGAGUAACAACUCCUUCACAGGGGAGCUUCCAGAUAAAUUGUCGCAGAAUCUGACGAGACUCGAGAUUAGUAGCAACAGAUUUUCAGGCAAAAUUCCAGCUGCAGUGAGUUCUUGGAGGAAUCUGAUGGUGUUUAGUGCCAGCGACAACCUCCUUAGCGGUAUGAUUCCUCGAGAAUUAACAGCUCUUCCUCGUCUGAUCACUCUUUCGUUGGAUCAGAAUCAACUCUCUAAUUCCCUUCCCUCUGAUAUAAUUUCUUGGACCUCACUAACAACUCUGAACCUUAGUAGGAAUCAACUCUCGGGUCAGAUUCCUGAUGAAAUUGGUACCUUACCUAGCCUCAGUGAUUUGGACUUGUCAGAAAACCAGUUUUCCGGGCAUAUCCCACCCGAAUUGGGACUAUUGAGGCCUACUUCUCUCAAUCUAUCUUCAAACCGCCUCACUGGUAGUAUACCAAGUGAGUUCGAAAAUGCUGCGUAUGUCAAUAGCUUCCUAAACAAUUCUGGUCUUUGUGCAAGUAAUCCAAUGCUAAGCCUCGGCGUCUGCAAUUCUGACGCUCGAAAAGUAAGCAGAAAAUCGUCCUUAUCGCUUCCUUGGAUACUGGGCACUGCGAUAGCAGUGUCUGCAUUGGCUUUGUUAGUUUCCUUAUUUGUUAUCAGAGUCCACCGGAAGAGAAAGCAUGGAGUGAAUUCAGCAUGGAAGCUCACUUCAUUCCAGAGGCUGAAUUUUACAGAAUCAAGCAUACUUGCCGGGCUGACGGCGAGUAACGUGAUUGGAAGUGGUGGAUCGGGUGAGGUAUACCGUGUUGAUGUGAAUCAUUCCAGCAACGGCGUCGUUGCUGUGAAAAGAAUUUGGACUAAUACAGGAUCAGAUGAGAAACUUGAGAAAGAGUUUCUUGCAGAAAUUCAGAUACUGAGCACAAUUAGGCAUUCAAACAUUGUGAGACUACUAUGUUGUGUUUCCAGCAACAAUAUGAAGCUACUCGUCUACGAAUACCUGGAGAAUCGUAGCCUGGACCGAUGGCUGCACAGGAGCAAUGGAUCACCAAAUCUCUCACGUUCAGUCCAUCAUGCUAUGUUAGAUUGGCAAAAGAGGUUGCAGAUUGCAGUUGGAGCUGCUCAGGGGCUUUGCUAUAUGCACCACGAUUGCUCACCCCCGAUCGUUCAUCGAGACAUCAAAUCCAGCAAUAUCCUGUUGGAUUCGCAGUUCAAUGCAAAAAUAGCUGAUUUUGGUUUAGCAAGGAUGUUAGUUAAGCAAGGAGAACCUGCUACAAUGUCGGUCGUGGCCGGCUCAUUCGGCUACUUAGCUCCAGAGUAUGCUCGCACGACAUUAUUGAACGAGAAGAUUGAUGUCUAUAGCUUCGGAGUUAUCCUAUUAGAACUGACAACUGGAAAGGAAGCAAAUUAUGGAGGAGAAGAGAAUUCAUGCCUUGCUGUAUGGGCAUGGCGUCACGUUCAACAAGGAAAACCCAUAGUCGAUGCCUUGGAUGAGGAGAUCAAGGAAGCUAGUAACAUUGAUGAUAUGAGCACUAUUUUCAGACUUGGAAUCAUGUGUGCUCACCAGCAGCCUUCCGCCAGGCCAUCCAUGAAAGAAGUCCUGGAUAUCUUAAUCCGAUGCAGUCGACGGUUUGAAUUUGGAAACAGGCCUAGGAAUGAUCAAGGUGAAUCCAAUGCAGCUCCUCUCCUAAAGAAUACCAAGCAUGAUGGUCACCUGGCAUCCAAUAAUGUCUGAAGCCACCAUAACUGAACGUCCAUCAAGAACUCCAAUGCUCUGGAAAAAGGAAUCAUACCUAUCGGUAUAUAUUUGUACUCUGCAUCCUAAACAAAUCUUCUCCUAGUUCAUACAGCGAAACCCAAUUGGAUGAACACAAACAAAUAUUCAAUUUUA